AUGUACCCGAUUGAAUUAAAUAUAUUAUAUGUGGUCAGACUGUAAAUGAUUAAUUGUGUUAUCUAUUGUGAAAAUUUAUGAUUAUGGCAUGCCGCAUGUUAUCUAUAUUGAUAACAUACAAUUGCAACUUUGAAAAUUGAAAUCGGACAAUUUUAGCAAUACCCUAAUACUUACUUCUUUUGAAUCUAAAUCCCAAAUGUCUUAUGAAAUUAAUUAAGUACAAUGCCAAAGAAAAAUCGAAAACUCUAUUCUUCUAGGUCUCAGUACCAUAAAAAGAGUAUAGAAGAUUGUGUAACUACAAUAGCCAUCUCUGACUUUUGGACUAAUUUAUCGACAUCAUUGACAGAAAUAUUGGACGGUUCAAAUCUGUCCUUGAUUUUAUGUUAUGGCUUGGGUAAUUUCAUGGAUAGUUUACAAUCUCGAUAUCAAUUAGCAUUACUUUUGGUAAUUAAAAAGGAGUUCAAUGUUGAUAACUGCCUAGUUUACGAUCCUAAAUUUACUGAUGCCGAACAAGUCCAUUUAGCAGAAAUUGGCUGUGAUUUAAUAAGUGAAAACGAAGAAGGCAAGCGACGUUUAUUGCCAGGAACAUUUGUUUACAUGCCUCAUUGUCCCAAACAGCUAUUAAAUAAUUUGCUCUGGGCGAAUUGGAAUAAAGAUGUUUUGAUUAAUUCUGUGGUUUUAUGCAACAGCAUAGACCUCACAGUGACAUCAACACCAGAUAGGAUUUUAGAUAAGUAUGCACAUUAUGUAUUAAAAAUAGCUCCGUUUGCUAAAGAAAAGCAAUUAAGUAAACAUUUUGUUUAUGAAGAUAUAUUUAAUGAUAUGUCGUUACACUAUUUUCCCAAAGAUAAACUAGAGGAAUCAAACAAUAUUUAUUGGGAACGUGGUAGAGAACCAGUGUAUGACGAUGAAGAACUAGAAUUUAUAACAAAAUUUGAAUGUUUAUCUUUUCAAAAUUAACAAUAAUAACCGUAAAUUAAUAAUAGGUAUAAUAACAAUUAGUAUAAACAUAAUGGCUGUGAAAUCAUUUAUAAUUUAUUGUAUAUAUAAAUAAAUUUAUAAAUACUUAUAUAUAUAUAUAUAUAAUUGAAACAUAGAA